AAAUUCGAAAGAAGAAGGAUGGUUCUCCAUGCUUUUGGGAAAAGGUAAGAGUUUAUGAGAGAUUGAGAUUAUUACAAAAAAUCUAAACUUUUUUUUUGUCCAUUUUUUCUCGGAAAAAUUACUCUUCUUCAUCGAUUUUCCGGUGGUUUGGAUUGUCAACUUCAUCUUCUUCUUCUCUUUCUCCUUUCAUUUUUUUUCUUGUGUUUCUUCUUUUACGUGGGUCCUUCAAUCUCCAUGAAGGACCCGACCAUUGCUUAAUCCUAAACAAAACUCCAAAAAUCUAAUUCUUUUCGAUCUGUUUUAUCUUCAAAUAAUAAUACUCUUUGAUUGCUAAAACCGAUUUUGAUCAUCAUCAUGCACUGUUUUCCGUGUUUCUCUUCGCCAAAGAACAAGAAAUCUUCAACUACGAAUGAGACCAACGACAACAACGAACCCAAACCAGAUGAUAGGAGACGUGCAGAAGAAACAGAGGAAAUAGAGCAAUCGGAAGGAACAUCGUUGAAGAUAUUCACUUUCCGGGAAUUAGCUACAGCCACAAAGAAUUUCCGGCAAGAGUGUUUGCUAGGAGAAGGUGGAUUUGGUAGGGUUUACAAAGGAACCCUCAAAUCUACUGGCCAGGUGGUGGCUGUAAAGCAACUAGACAAGCAUGGAUUACAUGGAAACAAAGAGUUUCAAGCUGAGGUUUUGUCUUUAGGCCAACUUGAUCAUCCGAAUCUUGUUAAGCUUAUUGGUUACUGCGCGGAUGGAGAUCAAAGGCUUUUGGUCUAUGAUUAUAUCUCUGGAGGUUCACUUCAAGACCAUCUUCAUGAACCAAAAGCAGACAGUGAUCCGAUGGAUUGGACAACUAGGAUGCAGAUAGCGUAUGCUGCAGCGCAAGGGCUUGAUUACUUGCACGAUAAAGCGAAUCCACCCGUGAUAUACAGAGAUUUGAAAGCUUCAAACAUUUUGUUAGAUGAUGACUUUUCUCCUAAGCUUUCUGAUUUUGGUCUACAUAAGCUAGGACCCGGGACAGGUGAUAAGAUGAUGGCUUUAUCUUCACGAGUAAUGGGAACUUAUGGUUACUCUGCACCUGAGUAUACACGAGGCGGAAAUCUCACUUUGAAAUCAGAUGUCUAUAGCUUUGGUGUUGUGUUGCUUGAGCUUAUCACGGGUCGAAGAGCUCUUGAUACUACUAGGCCUAAUGAUGAACAGAACUUAGUUUCUUGGGCACAACCGAUAUUUAGAGAUCCGAAGAGGUAUCCCGAUAUGGCAGAUCCAGUUUUGGAGAAUAAAUUCUCAGAGAGAGGAUUAAACCAAGCAGUGGCAAUAGCUUCAAUGUGUGUGCAAGAGGAAGCAUCAGCUCGUCCUCUUAUAAGCGAUGUAAUGGUUGCGCUUAGCUUCCUUUCGAUGCCUACAGAAGAUGGUAUUCCCACAACAGUUCCUAUCUUAUCCUUCAAAGACAAGAGCAUGUCUAUAGCCUUAAGCCGACAUGAUUCAAAUCUUGUAUCUCCUCCUCCUGAGCUAGCUACGGAAGAUGACAAAUCUAGUACCUCAUCAGGCGAAGAAUCAUCUUUGGAGAGCGAAAAGGAGAGUGUGAGUAAGAAUGAGUAUAAGAAGAAACAUGAAGAGGAAGAUAGCUCAAUGGAAUCUGAUGAUGAGUCUGAUUCUAACUCUGAACAUGAAAAGGACCAACCACCAAAGCCUAUUGAUGAGAAGAACCAGGCGCAAAGCUUGAAGAUAAAGUAUAGAUAUAGCUGGGAAGAUAUUGAUGUCAAUGAUGAGAGGCUAAGCAGUAAAAGCAGCCAAAAAUCAAACGACGAAAGUACUUCUUCGCGUUAUGAUAGCGACAGAGAUCAAGACGAGAAAGGGAAAGAAGAAGAGGAAGAGGAAGAGGCAGAAGAAAAGCAUACUCAUAUUGAACACAUUGAUAGCUCAAAAACUGAUGAUGAUCAAAGUGUUUACUUUGAUAAUGAUGAUGAUUCAGGAGAUGACAAUGGAGGCUCUUUGCAUCGGAUAAAAUCAGAUGUUGCGAUCGAUUCUAUUAAAGAGUGACAUUUUUCAAGAUUUUUUAUCAAUCCGUUGAAGCUCACAAGAAGUAUUUGAAACUUUUUUGGGUUUAUUUUUGGGAAAAAUUCUUAAUUGGGUAUUAAAAUAAGAUACAUAUUGACGGUUUUUCUUAACAAAUUAUAACCAUCUCUCUUUAUACAUGAUGAAGAUGUUUUGGAUUGAUAGAUUAAUAAAGAAACAAGUUGUAUAAUCAGAUAAUCUGAUUGAGAAAACUUAUCUCAGCUUUUGUAAUCCUUUAAAAAAAAAUGUUACGUACUUGUGUUUUUCUUUAAAUAGU